AUGGUUCGUUGGGGAAUCUUAGGAACCGGCGAUAAUGCCACCAAAUUCGUCAAAGACCUUCUCAUCGACCCUGCCACGCGUGAUGUCCAUGAUAUCACCCACGACAUCGCCGCGGUCGCUUCGUCCAGCGCGAUAGAAAAAGCUCAGAAUCUCCUCUCCACUACCAACGCUCCGCCCACAGCUCGUGCCUACGGUUCUUACGAGACUCUCGUCGCUGAUCCCAAUGUUGAAAUUGUCUACAAGGCUUUCACAGUGAAUGCCGAGCAAGCCCAGGUGCUCGUGGAUCUAGCCAGGAAACGGGGACUCUUCCUCAUGGAAGCUCUUUGGACCCGUUUCUUCCCUCUAACCCAGCACGUACAAUGUCUCGUUCGAGAGGGUACCAUCGGGAAGGUGCAGCGGAUCGUGGCAGAUCGGAACCUAGGUCGCAACGUGGAGGAGCUGUAUGGCACCGAGCAUCGCCUGGUCAACCCCGCCUUGGCUGGCGGCGCGCUGCUGGACUUGGCCGUCUACCCACUAACCUGGGUCUUCCUCUUCCUGAGCCCCGACCAGCCUCUUGUUUCCGUUCCCCUGCAAACGGCUGGCUCCGUAAUCAAGUACACAGAAACAGCGGUAGAUGAGACUGUGACGAUAGUCCUCACCUCCCCUGAAACCAGGACGCAGGGUGUAGCGACGGCUAGUCUCCGAGUCACUGCAGAUCCGAAGGAACCAGGUGUCCGUAUUCUUGGAACAAGAGGACAGAUCCAAGUAUUUGGGCCCGCAGCGCGUCCGGAUAGUAUCAAAGUGGUGGUCUAUGGGACCGCGGAAGACGCCUCGAGAACCGCAUUUCCGAUCCCGGUGGGCCAUGGAUUGUUCUGGGAGGCAGAUGAGUGUGCCCGGCGCGUGCAGGCUGGCGAGCACGAGUCGCCCGUUAUGCCCUUGGAAGAGACGCUAUUGAUGAUGAGGGUGUUUGACCAAGUUCGUGAGCAAAAUGGAUUGCACUACCCUGAUGAGAUUGAAGCAAUUGCAUAG